CACUUGACGUUUAGCAUCGCUGCGGAAGUCACCGCUCAACAUACAUUCAACUGUCGCUCUUUGAAUGAGUUUCUCUGUAAAAUACGAGUUAAAACACGAAGCUAACAGAAACAAAAAGACGACAGCAAACCACCCGAACAUCGAAGAUGACGCAGGAAAAUAUUUUUGUCUUCGUUCCCAAUUUAAUUGGUUACGGCCGCAUUGUGUUGGCUCUGGUUUCCUUCUACCUGAUGCCCUGCUGUCCGUGGCCCGCCGUCUUCUGCUACCUGCUCAGUGCUCUGCUUGAUAAUUUUGAUGGCUACGCUGCACGGGCACUCAAUCAGUCCACUAAGUUUGGAGCCAUGAUGGACAUGCUGACUGACCGCUGUGCCACCAUGUGUCUGCUGGUGAAUCUGUCCCUGCUCUACCCCUCCUACACUUUCCUGUUCCAGAUCAGCAUGUGUGUGGACAUAGCCAGCCACUGGCUGCACCUGCACAGCUCGACAAUACACGGAUCGGCUAGUCACAAGUCCAUCGACCUCUCCGGCAACCCUAUUCUCCGAAUCUACUACACAUCCAAGCCAGUGCUGUUUGUGAUGUGUGCUGGGAACGAGCUCUUCUUCUGUCUGCUCUACCUUCUCCAUCACAUCCAGGAACCUGCAGCAUGGCUCUACUGGCUGCAGGGACUGUGCUUUAUCAUCUGCGUGGUGAAGACCGGCAUCAGCCUCGUGCACCUAGUCACCGCCUCCCAGAACAUGGCCGCCCUCGACGUAGCCGAGCGGGAGGCAAAGAGGAAGACGCAGUGAGAGAGAGGAGUGAGUGAGAGCCUCAGCAACAAAUCCACCACGGUUUUUAUUUAUUACUAUUAUAAGGGUUUAACGGUAGACUUUGUGCACUUAAAUACAGCGUGAAACACAUCACUUCAGUUUGUCUGACAACUUCAGAAAGACAGAAAGUUUAUGACCAAAUAUUGCAAAUUAGAUGUGUCUCAAAACAAGAGUUCAACAGUUUCUACAGUUGAUUUUUCUCUGAUUUAUUUUACAAACAUACGCUGUUGACAGGUUUGACACUUUGGUGAUAUGACAAUAAAUGCAGUGAGAAUUAUGUGUCAAAAUUGAUCUCCCAAUAUCAAAAGUCAUAUAUUGUAAAAGAAGACUUUCAUAAGCAUCACCCUGUACUAGAUGGAUGUAUGAAUGGGCAGUCAGUAUUUUCAGUUUGUCCCUCUUAUGUAUUUUUUCACAUCUGAGUCACAGUUUCAGCUCAUAAAAUUAGUUUUAUUUAGAUAAUCUGUCUUUUCUGGCUCAGGGUUUCCCAGAGUUUUUCAAAGUGAUGGAAGAAAUUAUGCCAUUUUUAUCAAAUAUAAUAUUAAGCUUCAGAAGAAAAAAAGGAGCAGACACACAGCAAAGGCCGCAUAUUUAAUGACUGAGGUGGCGGGUUUAACUGGCGCCUAAUAACUAUAUUGAUAAGGAGGAUCCGUCUGAUCCAGCUCAGCAGGCGAUUGAUUAAAUGAUCACAUCGUAGUGUUGUUUUGCCAUGUUAAAUUAGAGCAGCAUGUCACAAUGUCAGAAGAAAUUAAAAAUGUCUGAGACAAACCGUUCACUCAGUCACCUCCUGCGCUACAGAUCAGACACCAGGCUGAAAUCAGUCUCUGUGGAGUUGAAGUUAAAAGUUCAUAUUGAUUUUGCAACAGCCAGCCAAUCUAGUGCGAGGAAACCCUGGAGCUAUCAUGUUUGCUUUGAAUGAAAAAUCCUCGUCCCAACUUUAGAAACAUGUUAAAAAAUGUUGUUUAUCAAGCAGCAGAAGAUGAUUUGAAGAGUGUUUACAAAUCCUGGAGAAACCUUCAGAGCUGCACAAAAUGCUGUUAAAGAGGACCUAUUCUGCUCAUUUUCAGAUUCAUCCUUGUAUUUUGAGUUUCUACUAGAACAUGUUUACAUGCUUUAAGGGUCAAUGGUUAUUUUCCUCAUACUGUCUGUGCUGGAACACCAUCUGAAGUGUUCCAUUUUAGUGCCUGUCUCCUGAGCCCUCCUCCCAAAAGAGUGUUUCCAGGUCUUCAUUAUCUGUACCAUCAUUGAGCCGGGGGUGACUGUAACAGAGUACAGCGGCACUUUCUAACAUGAACAAUUACCAAUAAAAACUUCUAAACCAAAUCUUUGCAUCCAGACAUCUUCCAGUAGGAGUAUGAUCUGAAAUCGGUGAGAAAUAAACAACAUCAGCAAGCAGGAUUCCAUGUUUCCCUGACAUUAGCAUGUAGCUCAUGUAGCAGUGUGUUGGAAACACUUGCUGUAGCGUGCCUGGUAAUCAUGCAUGGGUCAGGGUUUUUAAAACCUGCAUCAGCCCAACCCAUUACGAGAGCCAGUUCGCCCCACCUGCCUCGCAAAUCACCUGAACCCAACCCAAAAACCAGAGCUGAAAGUUUGGGAAAUAAUAUCCAACUUGCUUUUAGCUGUAUUGUGUGUCAAUAUCAGUAAAUAUCACAAUGUAAAAUGUGCAUUUUUUGUUUAAAAAGUACAAAAGUAGGUAAACAGCAAGUACUCACUCAUCAUUUGAGUGGUUAGGUCUCCAAUGUGAUCUUUGGAGCACAGCUGAUAUCAUACGUGGUUUGUUUACAUGAGCUCCCAGCUGAUCGGUACAGUUGUUUGAUUGUUUACAUGAUGUAACAUAAGAGAGGCUUGCAUGCUGUUAGGACACAGUGUUAGUCCUGCAUAUUCUCAGAGGGAAAUAUUUAUAGUGGACUGGAGAGAUUUAAUAAGGUCAAAUAGCGUAUAACAGAAACUCGAGCGCAGCAGGGCUGAUGAUGAAGCCGCUUGCUGUGUGUGAUUGGGAGAGACAGAGAGAGGGGAAGAGAAGGUGAAAGGUGGACUGCUGCAGUGUUUCUGUAAGUUAUAACUUACUCAGAAUGCUGCUUUGUCACUUUAAGAUCCACUCAAGAGAAACCAACGAUAUUUUCUAACCCAAACCAUCCAACGCGCAGGUCAGCCCACAGAACCCAAGGGUUGUGGGUCGACCCGUGCAUCACCAGUGCAUAGAGCAGAUGACCACAUGAAGAAAUGCAUCAUGAGCUGGCGUCAGCUUGUCCCCAAAAAAAAAGUAGAAGAAAAACUUAACAGAGUAUUCCUAAUGGUCUGAGACCAUUCUUACAAAGAUUACUUUUACAUUAAUCUACCACAUCAUUUGAAGCUUUGGCCACAUUCAGUGUGAACGUCGGACACUGUGACAUUAUAGAUAUGACAGAAAAUAAGAGAAGGUAUAAUGGGUCCCCUUUAAACAACCUUGUGGGUUUUAUGUUUUAGAGGGACUCAUCUUUAACUCUGUGACAAGGAUGUAAUGAUGAUACAUAAGAAGCACAAACUAGAAAUGUUAUAACUGUUACACACCUUCAUGAUCCUAACUCCUUUUUUCUUUCAAUGAUGUCUUAACAUGCCUCAGCAGAUGGCUCUUUGUAGCAUUUUCAUUACCUUGAAUUCUGAUAAUCAUGAAAGUUGUUGAGCAGUCAAAGACGGGGAGUUUAAUAUUCACACUGGAUGUUUGAGAAAUGAAUCUGUAGAGGCCAGAGACAGCAACCACAGUGAAGUUCUGGUGCUCCUAUACCACAUUUAGAUCACGAGUCAUUUUAUGUGAAGCUGCUCGUGUUUUACAGCCACUCUUUUGUCCAGUUUGGUUGUACUCAUCUGAAACAUCUGGAAGUUCGAAUAUGAAAAAGACAAUCAGGCUAAAACGACUAUAAAAUAUGUUUAUUAAGAAAUGUAUCAUUUUGAAAAAUGAUAGUCAAACGAAAUAUAUAACAUGUGAAAUCAAAAGAAGCUAAAACAUAUUACUGAGACUAUAUAUAUAUAUAUAUAUAUAUAUAUAUAUAUAUAUAUAUAUAUAUAUAUAUAUUUGAAAUAUUGGAAACCAGAACAACCAGUAUGAUAACAAUCAUUGUAUCACAUUAUCUGACAUCCAUUGUAACUGCAGUACCACACACUAAGCCAGCCUCUAUGGCUUUAUUAACGGUGAAUAAAUCUUUAAAUAAUGCUUUAUGGAUUGGUUAUAAAUGACUAAUCCACAACAUUUGGAUUGACAGUUUGUGAGAAAUACCAUUUGCUGGUUAUAUCUGCAUGUAGAAAUGUUUCUGCAGCUAUUUUUGAGCAUUAUUGUAAGCAGAAAUGACAAAAACUCAGGUUCCAAGGUUCCUUCUCAUAAGUGAAUAUUUGAUGUUCUGGUUGUCUCCUGUGAUAUUACAUUUAAUAUCUGUGGGUUUCGGACGUUUUUCAGCCAAAAUAAGACAUUUAAAUAUGUCAGUUUCAGCUGUUGGAAACUGUGUUGGACAUUUUCUUUUACUGUUUUUUGACGUUUUAGGGACCAAAUGAUGAAUUGAGAAAAUAAUGGAAAGCUGCAGCUCUAAAGUCAUCAAUAACAGAUUAGGGUCCAGGGUGUACCUGAUGAGCUGAGGAGCAAGAAAAAAAACAUUUGUAAAAGAUUUAUUAACCAGCAGUAAGGCCAUUAGUUUGACAGAUAGACUCUUGCUGACAAAGUGUGACUUAAAAGAAAGUGGUACUUGAGCUGCUUUACCUUUAUUCCCAAAUUAUUUAGCAUUUAUUGUUAUUAUUUUUUUUUACAUAUAUGAAGAUGAAGUUGUGUCCCUGAACUCUAUGACAGACCAAAACACUGAAGUUUUAUUCACUUGAUGCAGACGACACCCUUUUGUUCAUGUUAAAGAGAAAACUUCCGAGCCACUCCUUAUUGCUUUUCUUAUGAUUUUCUGGAGAUUCCUGCUGAUAUUUUGGUGUCAAUUAAAUGGUGAUUGUCGCAGUAGAGGGAAGUUGAUCAGUUUGUGCUUAUUUGACAAUUAUGUGAUGUUUUGAGACAUGUUUUUGUGGUAGAAGAGACGUGUUUGCUUUUGACUUAGAAACAGUUAGAAAGUGAUGCAGGUCAUAGGUUAUAUAUGACGUGAGGAGCACCAAGUAUUAUGGUUUGUACAUUUUAAAGCCACUGACUGUAUGUAUGUGCUGCUUAUAGACCUCUGUAAAACCAUGUUUCAAUGCAGAACGUGUGGGUGUGCGUGUGCGUGUGCGCGUGUGUGUUUAAAAGUGUUAAAAUAUCAAUAUUUGUUUUUUGAUGGAACUCAUUUCCCAGAAUGUAUUAUUCUAGAACAGAAAUGUAUAUCGACGAAGUAAAGCUAAGUUUAAUACUAUAUUUAAAGAUUUAAAUUACGUCAAAUGUAGUAAUUAGAAUAUUUGAUGGUUAUUUGGUUUGGAGCACAGGUGGUUUGAAUAUACUGUAAAAUAAAGACGAUGGAAACCA